AUGUUGUAUUGCCUCUUGACGUUUAGAUUGGAUCAGUUACGCAAGGACAGCCACUGGGCAAGCAAAGAAUCCUUGCUAGCCGGUCUUGGUCAUGCCAAUGGAUCGACCUCAAAAGCGGAAGGUCUGCUUGUCAGAACAACGACAGCUUACCAAAAUCCACCUCAGAAUCAGCAAUGGAAGGUGGGACAUAUGCUUAUGAUAAGUAUCCUCGUAGCAGCAGAGUCGAAGCCUGUUGCCGAGUUGGGUCCAGCUUUGUGGGACCACAUCACUUCCUCCCAAAAAUCCUAUAACUUUCACUUGGAACAGAUCCAAUUGAUGAUGAAAGCAGUCCAUUGCAUGCGAGCAAGACUUUUCAAAUAUACGUCCGCAGACACAUCUAGUCUGGCCAAUUUUUUGAUAGGAGGAUUCCGAGGGCUCCUCCUCGGCCCAAAAAAGGUCAUAUGCACACCAGUUGCGGCAGCUAUUCAGAUGCAGUUAUUAGCAUGGGCCGAACCAAACAAGACUUUGAUGGCUUCUGGCCUCAUACAUCUUGGUACCUAUUGGAUCUCCUGCUGA